ACCCGCACGCACAGUGCACGGCCCCUCCUCUUUCCGUUUUUUCUCUUCUCUCAAUUACCCCCCUCCUUCGAUCUUGGCCCGUGACGUAGGGGAUUCCGUGGUGCCCACAACCGUAGGCGCUAACGGGAUUCUCGAGUAUAAAUGGGACACCGGGAGCCAACAUUCGGUACUCUCUCAGUCGCUCCGACUCGGGAACCAAUCGUCCAGAGUACCAGUCAGCGGAGAUAGCAGGCAGUAUUUCACCCUCUCAGGCUAACUCGCUUUCGGCUUUGGUUUGAAAUGGACACCCCUACAACCGCUCGGAGCAGACAAUGCUCAUUCAUGCGCACCUGCAAAAGCGGACUCUCCCUGUGGCUGGUGGUGUGGCUGGUCCUCGGCAAGCCCGGUUCGUCGGGGGCGUGCCCGCAUCUAUGCGUGUGCUACCCGACUCCCAUGACCGUGAGCUGCCAGGCGCAGAACUUCACCUCCGUGCCGGUCGGCGUGCCCUACGACUCGCAGCGUGUGUUCCUACAGAACAACCGAAUUACGGAGCUCAGAGUCGGCUCUUUCGGCUUCGGGACUCAGGUCCUGUGGCUGUUCUCCAACAACAUCACGUGGAUUGAGGCUGGCUCCUUCAGUGAGCUGAGGGAUCUAGAGGAGCUGGACCUGGGGGACAACUCUCACCUGCGCAGGCUGGAAGGAGGCGCCUUCAGGGGCCUGGAGAAACUCCAGAGUCUCCACAUGCACCGCUGCAAGCUUACCGCCCUGCCCCACGACCUGUUCCACAAGCUAUACAGCCUGCAGUUCCUCUACCUGCAGGAGAACCAGCUCCACUUCCUCCAGGAUGACCUCUUCUCUGACCUCAUCAACCUGAGCCAGCUCUUCUUGCAUGGAAACCGUAUCCGUACUCUGUCGGAGAACGUGUUCCGUGGCCUGGUCAACCUGGACCGCCUUCUUCUCCACGACAAUCGUGUGCGCCAGGUUAACCGCCGGGCGUUCCGCGACCUCGGACGCCUGACCAUGCUCUUCCUGUUCAACAACUCAUUGGCUGAGCUCCCCGGCCAGGCUCUCCGUGACACCCAGGGCAUCGAGUUCCUCCGUCUCAAUGGGAACCCCUGGUCCUGUGGCUGCGAGGCCCUCCCCCUGUGGGAGUGGUUCCGUGGCGCCCGCGUCUCAUCGUCCGAGCUGUUGUGUUCCUCCCCGUCCCCCCGCCGCGGGAUGGACCUCCGCUUCCUCCGUGAGAUGGACUUCGCCCUCUGCCCUCUCCCCGACCCUGGCACCCUGGCCGGCUCCACCACGAGGACCUUCAGCACCAAGACAAGAUGGUGGUUCUCCAAGCACAAGCCCCAGUCCCAGACCAAGGCAGUGUUCGAGAAGAGCUCCGAGACCAUCAAGGCCUUCCCGUUCCCCCAAGGAAAGAACAAGCCACCCAUCGUGUCCUCCACCAACGUCAAGUACGAGCUCGGUGAGGAAGAGGCAGCACUACCCAAACUCGACGCUGAGGAGUACUGGGCGAACUAUGAGAACGAGGACGCCGGCACCACGCUGCGAUGCUUCGAGCUCGAGUGUCCGCCUGACUUCGAUGGCCUCCCUCCCAACUCCUCCUCCACCCCCACAUCAUCCCCCUCUCUCUCACUCCUCCUCGCCCUCUCGCUACUCGCCGUCUCCAUCAAUCUACACCUCAUAUUUGGCUGAAUCAGACUGAGUACCCACUUCCCGUUCCUGUUUUCGCCCCGGCCCCUCUCAGGGCAUGGGGAACCCCUUGUUAAAGACUCUGUACCUCCCUAGUUAACCCUCUGAUGUCCUACUGGAUAACCUCUGUCAGUAGUACAGGACAGCAGGGGAUACAAAGGGGGGGGUUAGAUUGUUACUUCUAACUUAAUGCAGGGUUAAACAACAAUGGCUGACAGUACAUAGUACAAUAUAGUACAGUACAGUAGUCAACCAAGGCUGUUACUACAACAGGUGCAUCUCACCUGUCUGGUGUGUUGGUUGCCGUGACGACGCCUGCAAUCAGGGGUCAGUGGUCACCUGUAACGCUCUACAGCUAACACCAGUGCUACUUACUGUUGCGAAUGCUAUAACUGUUGUCACUUGGAGGAAUAUUACAACUACAAGUGCAACGACUAUUAUAUGCAUGUUACGACUACUACUAUUCCGAAUACGUCUGCUACUACAAGUGCUAUGAUUACAGUUACGACAGUAUCUACAUUUCUAUUGUUGUACUAACUCUGACAACUGUACUGUAAAUAGGUGGGUGUACUUGAUGGUGCAGUGCAGUUGGGAUAUCCUUCUUAUAUGUUGUCUACCAUGAUGCCUACUUUAUAAUGGAUUGUUUACACAAACAUCGCUAAGGGGAGAGAUAAAAGAAGGGAUGAAGGAAUGAAAGAGAGGCAGUCACCAGAGUACGAGAAGGUGAGAGAGGAUAUGUAGAGAGAUAUGUAAAGGUAGAGAGAGAGAAAGGCAGAGAGAGUGAUGAGUUAAAAAGUUACCAAAGGAAGAAGCUAGAGGACAGAGAGGGUGGAAGAAGGGUGGAAGAGAAGAGAAGAAAGCGCAACAGGAAAGGACAGAGAGGGAGGGAGAGAGGGUGGAAGAAGGGUGGAAGAGAAGAGAAGAAAGCGCAACAGGAAAGGACAGAGAGGGAGGGAGAGAGGGUUGUCGAGAUUCUCAAUAAUAAAGAGAACAGAAGAGAGGGAGCAAGGACAGCACAGGCAAUAUAAAUAAAGCAAAGGAAUGUGAGACACGGUGAAAUGAAGAAAGAACGAAAGAAAGAGAGAGAGAGAAAAUGACAGUACUGUCCUUUGACCAUGAGAUACUUAAUAGGAGAGACAAGCAAUCACUUCAGGUAUUCAAGUUCAGUCUUUGUAUAACUUCAUGUCCUGUAAAUAUGACAUCAUCACAAUAGAAGCCACAGGGGAAGGAUGCUUCCUGUCUGGCAGUGUCAGUCGCUGUUCUGAUUGGCUAUCGCUGUUUGUUUGUGAUGUCAUUGACUGAAUGCGUGACAUGACCCGUUUGAGAGAUAAAAAGACCUAUUGAGAUUCUGAAUAACAUUUGUGAGACUUUUAUUUGGGUGCAGCAGCUGUUGUGUUUCAAACUGAUUUUACUUGAUCAAUAAUUGAUCUCUUUAAGUAAUUUGUUCUCUCUCUUGGAAUGCUCACUCACUUCUUUGGAAGGUGAAAGUAGUGCACUAAUUUUGACACUGCACUACAUAGGGAACAGGACGCCAUUUCAGACGGAGCCCAUGACUGCUUGUUAGUCCUAUAGCCAAAAACUUGAUGAUGAGUAAACAAACAAAUGAAGUGUUUUCAACUCAGCCCCCCAGUUCCGACUACCAUACCCACCCCAAUAUCUCUAGUCUAAUACUCCCCCUCCCCACAUCAACUAAGCAGAAUCAACUUAGUUCAACUCAGAAGAAUCAACUUAGUUCAACUCAGAAGAACCAACCAGUAACUGAACUGCAUAGAACUCAAGAAGAGAUCUAGAACUGGAACUGAAAGAGACAUAGAAUGGCACACGUGAAGACUGGACUGGACUGGACUGGACUGGACUGGACUGGACACUCCAAACCAAUAAGACCGACUAGUGAUUGACCAGCCAUAUUAUUCCAAUAGGACUGUUCUGGACUACUGAGCUCAGAGAUCCUGGCACAGAAUGAAUGGGUGGAAAAGCCUGGCAGUGUCCCAGCAGGGAGAGACAAGGAGAGUUACAUUGUGGCUUUACUGACAUUGAUUGACAGAUGGACAGAACAACAGAGGGACCAAAUUGUCACUCACAGACUUUGCUGACUCACAGAGAGACAUAAUUCCUUGACUUGCUGACAGAGACAGACUGACUGACCUAUUCAUGCCUUGGCGACCAGUGAUCGACGGAAGACAGUUUAAAAGAGAGACUGGAAUCUGAUUGGCGGGCAGCUGAAGCAACGUCAGAGAAAGGAGGAGGACCUCUGAGGAGGUGACCAAAAACAGACUUCCUCUCCUCUUCCUUUCUUCCUACUCGUUUUGUCUGAGUUUCUACAAGGCUUUGUAGGAGGGUGGGUAGGCGUGCUGACGAUUCAUCCCCUCUCUCUCUGUCUCUCUCUCUCUUCCUUUCUUUAUCCUACCGGUCACCUGUUUCUGUGAAGCACUCACCCCUGCGUGCUCCAUCCCUCUGAAGAGAGAGAGAAAUUAAAGGAGGGAGCGGAAGGAAGAAGGAGAGAGAGAGGGGAGGAAGGAGGGAGGGAAGAGAGAGACCGUU